AUGGCUGAUGCUGCUGCUGCCCCCGCUGUUGUCAAGACUCCCAAGAAGAAGGCUGCUGCCAAGCCUAAGAAGGCUGCCGCACAUCCUACCUAUUCAGUCGCAGCAGACAUCCACUGCACAGACACACCCACACCAUCGGAGGCCCACAACACCUCCGAUCGGACACCUGAAACCCUCAUCCCGCACGAAUUCGGAAAGCAAACCACAGUCGCUUCUCCCACCAAAACUCCGGAUUCGCCUGCAACCACAACAAACCCAAAGAAACGGAAGCUAAAUGCUUCAAACACAACACCUGCAUCACCUUCCACCCCCGCAUCUAUAGUCACCUUCGCCCUCUACUUCUGCGCGGCUGGCCCCAUAAACAUCCUAAGCCAACCGACACAUAAACAUCGACUCGGCCAAACUACAAACACGAAAACUGACACAGCAUCCAAGAACACCCCUACUACCCACACCACAACCAAACAACCAACCACACCUACAGAGCCCGUACGACGGCGUCCUCAUGCCAACACCACAAGCAUCAGCCACAAACACCCAAACCCAACACUACCCGCCAACAUUCGCCACACCCAAACCAGUCGCCGCAUCCACACCCGCACCUAA